UAAUCGGAAUUAACUCUAACUUGAAUCUUCACUUGCACAACCAUAACAAGUUAACACAAAGGUCCAUCGAGUAGCCUUGUAACACUAGAAUUCUACACUACACUCCAAUAACAAAGUUCUAUAUUCAUCAUAAUUUUCCCUCUUAUAAUCCAAUUUUCAUAAAUCCCAUUUUAAUUUUCAUUAUUUAUGAUCUAUUCCUCUCUUCUUUUUCUCAUUUAUUCAAACAAAAUUCAAUGGAUCUUCAUGAGUGGGAUCUUCUUUCUGAUGAAUCCUUUCUUGAAUUCCUCCCUUCUAAAUCUGUUUCAAAUACUACUACUAUAAUUGACAUUAAUUAUUUCCAGAAAUUUUCUGAAUCUGAAAAGAAGAACAAUUCAAGGGUAAUUACUGUUCCGAUUCAUGAAUUUGAACACUUAGAUGAAACAAUUGGGGAAAUCCCAGAAGAGGUUAUAAAAUUCCCCAUUGAAACUAUAAACCCUAAUGAUCAACAGAACAAAGAAAUCGAUCAUCAAGAAACAGUUUCCCAAGUUUUUUUCAAGAAAUUGAAGGAAAAUGAAUUUGUCGACAUGAAAAUGGACUCACCCAAGUCAUUAAAUAAGGGAAUUACGCCUCAAAUCGAUGUGGGUAAUUAUCAAUUUGAAGAGUUUGAGAAGAAGGAACUAGAAGAGAAAUCAUCAAUCGUUGAUAAGGAUGAGAAGAUCAUAAGUAUGGAUGAAGUUUCUGGUAAUUGGGAUGAUGAAAAUAAUGAAGAUUUGAAUAUUUGGAAAUGGGCAAUGACUGGAAUGGGUGCUCUUUUCUCUUUUGGUUUUGCUGUUGCUACUGUUUCUCUUGUUGUUUUAGGUAAUCGUCAUAAGAAAAGCACAAAGAAGCAAGAAAGUCAUUUCCAAAUUUUCUCCCAUGAUAAGAGGAUGAAGCAAGCAAUGGAGCGUGCUAAAAAGCUUAAUGACGCGAUUACAGUAAUGAGAGGUGCUCCUGUAAGUAGAGCUCACAUAACCAUUGGUGGUUACUAUGAAGGUCUUUGAAUCAACUUCAUAUGCUCUUUGCUUUCUCGAAUCGGACUGUAAAUAUUUUACUUGUAUAAUUUGCUGGUGAUUUUUCGAGCUUCCUUGAACGGUGAUAUUUUACAUGAAAGACUUUCGGGUUUGUAUGAUAUUAUAUUGAAUUAGAUUUGUAUCCUUUUGAAUUCGCAUUUCUAGAUUAAGCCGAUUUUAUACAAGUAGAAUUAAGACCUCGGCAUUAUUGUUGUAUUAUGAAUCAGUUUGUGUAAGGCAAAAUUAUAGGAAACUGCAGGGAAUCUAAAGGACCUUAAUAAAUAAAUUAAAGUGAAAAUAAAUAAAUUUGUGCUUAUAAUAU